UAUGGAUAUACGGUAAUCCACUUGCAGCCAAACAGCCCACAAAGUAAGCGUAUACCUACCCCACGAACUCCUCUCAAUGAAGAACCACGCGGAGAAGAAAGAGUCCACCAGAACAACCACCAAAUCCUAGUCCCCUUAGCGUUGACUGCGUCGACCUUCGGCCCGGAAGAGGAGGCGGGAGAGAUGGCCGCAGCCGUUGGGAGGGAGGAAUCUUCGGAUGGGAAGCUCUGGGGCAUAUGUCGGAUUCCGUUCUGGAAUAAUGGCUCAACAGGCGGCGGGAAGUUGACAACGAACUCAGUAUCGUCGUUGAAACACCAUCCGCACGAUCUCGACGGCCGUCAGGUCGGUCCGGCGCAGCAGAACUCUGGAGAGAGGUCGGUAGCGUCGACGGCGAGGUCGCUGCUACCGAGGCGGCGUCGCCUACGGCUCGAUCCCCCCAACAAGCUCUACUUCCCAUAUGAACCCGGCAAGCAAGUUAGAAGUGCAAUCAGGAUAAAGAACACUAGCAAGUCUUAUGUAGCAUUCAAGUUUCAAACAACUGCGCCAAAAAGUUGCUUCAUGCGUCCUCCCGGAGCAAUACUUUCGCCUGGCGAGAGUAUUAUAACAACAGUUUUCAAGUUUGUGGAACAUCCUGAGAACAACGAGAAGCCAAUGCUUGAUCAGAGAAACAAACUCAAGUUUAAGAUAACGAGUUUGAAAGUGGAAGGGCCUAUGGAAUAUGUUCCAGAACUGUUUGAAGAGCACAAGGAACAAAUUUUAGUUGAGCAAAUUCUGAAGGUUGUAUUCUUGGAUGUUGGGCGCCCUAAUCCACAAUUGGAAAAACUAAAGCACCGAUUGGCUGAGGCUGAUGCAGCUCUUGAGGCACGUAAAAAACCUGCAGAAAACUCGGGUCCACGAAUUGUGGGUGAAGGGCUUGUCAUUGAUGAAUGGAAGGAACGGAGGGAGCGACACCUAGCACGGCAGCAGUUAGAAGGUGCAGUCGAUUCAGUGUAAUGGAUGAUGUGCACUUCUUUUUACUCCUUAUGUUCUUCUAUUGUAUCCUCCCUCAGUUUGUUUGAUCUUCUUGACGUAUGUUUUAGUGGCUUGAUUCUAUUGCUGCAUAAAUCUUUUGAGGUUUUUUGGAUCAUGAAUUGGUCACAAGCCUUGCUGAUAAAUACAAUUGUUUAUUAAUAAGAGGUAAUUAUGUGUUGUUGCAUAA